CAUUAUCCCAAAAUUCACAAGUCAAUACAAAGUGAUCUAAUCAAGCACCAUAUUAGAAUGAGGUUGUGUAUGUGCUUAUGGGUGCUAGCAUUUUGCACUUUGGCCUCUAAUCUCGGGGCCUUGGCGGAGCAAUGUGGUAGCCAAGCUGGAGGGGCCAAGUGUCCAGGAGGGCUUUGUUGUAGCAAGUUUGGUUUCUGUGGUACCACUAAUGAUUAUUGCGGUGCUGGUUGCCAAAGUCAAUGCACUGCUGGUGGCUCGCCGUCGACGCCAUCCACUCCAACACCUACCCCUAGUGGUGGUGGCGGUGAUAUUAGUUCACUCAUUAGCAAAGGCCUAUUUGAACAGAUAUUAAAGCAUCGUAAUGAUGCUGCUUGCCAAGCCAAAGGUUUCUACACUUAUGAAGCUUUCAUUAAUGCCGCCAAGUCCUUUGGCGCCUUUGCAACUACCGGUGAUACCAACACUCGUAAAAGAGAAAUCGCUGCCUUCUUGGCUCAAACUUCUCAUGAAACUACAGGUGGGUGGGCUACUGCACCAGAUGGACCAUAUGCAUGGGGAUAUUGCUUCAAGCAGGAGCAAGGCAACCCCUCAGAUUAUUGUGUUGCAAAUCAACAAUGGCCCUGUGCUCCUGGUAAAAAAUAUUAUGGCCGGGGUCCCAUCCAAAUUUCAUACAACUACAACUACGGUCCAGCAGGAAAAGCCAUAAACUUUGACUUGCUAAACAAUCCAGAUGCAGUGGCAAAUGACGCUACUAUUUCAUUCAAGACUGCUUUCUGGUUCUGGAUGACUCCACAGUCACCCAAACCUUCAUGUCACGCCGUCAUCACCGGCCAAUGGAAACCAUCCACCACUGAUACCCAAGCGGGCAGGGUCCCCGGUUAUGGGGUCAUCACCAACAUCAUUAACGGUGGCAUAGAAUGCGGCAAAGGUUCCAACGCACAAAUGGAGAAUCGGAUCGGAUUCUACAAGAGAUAUUGUCAAAUUCUGGGAGUUGAGACUGGCAGUAACUUGGACUGCAGUAAUCAAAGGCCUUUUAAUGCGUAGUCUAAACCAAAAUGAAUCAAUAAUGUUAUAUCUUGAUCAAAUAAAACACCAAUAAUGUUAUGUUGAUCUCUACUAAAUUACAUCAACAAAUUAAUCAAGCUCUUUCCCCUCCUGAA